ACCAUGAAUUACGUGGGCCAGCUGGCUGGGCAGGUGCUCCUCACUGUGAAGGAACUCUACAAGGGCAUUAACCAAGCCACGCUGUCUGGGUGCAUUGAUGUGGUCGUGGUGAGGCAGCAGGAUGGCUCCUAUCAGUGCUCACCGUUUCAUGUGCGUUUCGGGAAGCUGGGUGUCCUGAGGUCCAAGGAGAAAGUGAUCGACAUAGAAAUCAAUGGCAGCGCUGUGGAUCUUUACAUGAAGUUGGGUGAUAAUGGAGAAGCCUUUUUUGUAGAGGAGACUGAAGAAGAAUAUGAAAAAGUACCUGCUUAUCUUGUCACCUCACCAAUUCCACCUGAAGACCAGUUCCUUAAACAUAUUGAAACCCCUUUGGUGAAAUCAAGUCGAAAGGAAAAGCCAUCUCAGAGUUUAGACAUUUCUCACACCUCGGAUUCAGAGGCAGUUUUUACUCAGAGUUCUGUGAAAAAGAAGAAACAAAGAAAUAAGUGCCAACAGGACAAUAGGAAGGAGGAGCAGGCAGCUCCCCCUGUUGCAGAAGAUGUAGGUGAUGUGAGUGUGAACUCUGAUGAUGAGAAAAGAGCCCAGGCAGCAAGAAGAUCUUUAAAUACUUCCUUAAAGGCAGAGGACUAUAAGGAGCCUCCACUUUUCCAUUCUGGGGAUAACUACCCCUUAUCUGAUGGAGAUAGGACCCCAUUAGAAACCACUUACCCGCAGGCGGUGUGCCCCAAGAGUGACUCAGAGGUAGAGGUGAAGCCAUCUGAGACCCUCCUCAGAUCUGAGUCGCACAUGGACUGGACGUGGGGUGGGUGUCCAGAGUCCACCAAGGACCCCGAAAGAGAACAACAUGACUAUCAUCCAAGGACAACUACAAUUACACCGUCAGAGAACACUCAUUUUAGGGUAAUUUCCAGUGAAGACAGCCUCUUAAGAGAAGUUGAGAAGGAUGCUACUGUUGAAGAUACUACCUGUACCAUAGUGAAACCCAAACCUAGAGCCCUGUGUAAGCGACUGAGUGAUGUAGCUUCUACUGAACUUCCCGAAUCACCUCUUGAAGCACCUCAGAUUUCAUCUCUAUUAGAUGCAGACCCUGCUCCCAGCCCAUCAGCAGAGGCUCUCUCAGAAUCCAAACCAGCUGCUAAAGUAGACUCACCAACAAAGAAGAAAGGUGUUCCCAAAAGAAGCCAGCACCAGGGACCUGAUGACAUUUAUCCUGCCGACGUAAAGGCUCUUGAGCCUGAAGUGGCAGCUCUCUAUGUCCCUAAAAGUGACACAGAUCCAGGUUCCAGGCAGUGGCCUGAGUCUGACACAUUCUCUGGUUCUCAGUCUCCACAGUCUGUGGAAAGUGCAGCUACAGACAGUGGCACCGAGUGCCUCUCAGACUCUGCCAUGGACUUGCCCAAUGUAACUCUUAGCCUCUGUGGAGGCCUCAGUGAGAAUGGAGAGAUUUCUAAAGAGAAAUUCAUGGAGCAUAUCGUCACUUACCAUGAGUUUGCAGAAAACCCUGGCCUUAUCGACAACCCAAACCUUGUAAUACGAAUAUAUAACCGUUAUUACAACUGGACGUUGGCUGCUCCCAUGAUCCUUAGCUUACAGGUGUUUCAGAAGAGUUUGCCUAAGGCCACAAUCGAGUCCAGAGUUAAAGACAAUAUGCCAAAGAAAUCUGGUCGAUGGUGGUUUUGGCGAAAGAAAGAAAACAUGACCAAACCGUUGCCAGAGACCAAGGAGGGAAAAUCUGAGGUCGCUCAAGCAAAUGACCUGCCUGCCAGUGCUGAGGAGACAACCAUUGUUAGACCUGCAGAGAAUGACACUUCUAGUGAUGAGGGGUCACAGGAAUUGAAGGAAACCAUCAAAGUUGACCCCAUCUCAGUGGAGACAUUGAGUCACUGUAGGACGGCCUCAUAUAAGAAGUCUCUCCGACUCUCCUCAGAGCAGAUAGCGAAACUGAAGCUCCAUGAUGGCCCCAAUGACGUAGUAUUCAGUAUUACAACCCAGUAUCAGGGCACCUGUCGGUGUGUGGGUACCAUUUAUCUGUGGAACUGGAAUGACAAAAUCAUCAUCUCUGACAUCGAUGGCACAAUAACCAAGUCUGAUGCUUUGGGGCAGAUUCUCCCACAGCUGGGUAAGGACUGGACUCAUCAAGGCAUAGCUAGACUCUACCAUUCCAUAGGUGAGAAUGGUUACAAGUUUUUGUACUGUUCUGCACGUGCCAUAGGCAUGGCCGACAUGACUCGUGGUUAUCUGCACUGGGUCAACGACAAGGGCACAAUCCUGCCUCGAGGCCCUCUGAUGCUGUCUCCCAGCAGCUUGUUCUCGGCGUUCCAUAGGGAAAUGAUAGAAAGGAAACCGGAGAAGUUCAAAAUUGAGUGUCUGAAUGAUAUUAGGAACCUGUUUGCUCCAUCCAGACAGCCCUUCUUUGCUGCCUUUGGAAACCGUCCCAAUGAUGUCUAUGCUUACACACAAGUUGGAGUUCCAGACUGUAGAAUAUUCACAGUGAAUCCAAAGGGUGAAUUAAUACAAGAAAGGACCAAAGGAAACAAGUCAUCUUAUCACAGACUGAGUGAGCUUGUUGAACACAUGUUCCCACUUCUCAAUAAGGAACAGAGUUCCGCCUUUCCAUGCCCAGAGUACAGUUCCUUCUGCUACUGGCGAGACCCGAUCCCUGACGUGAAUCUGGAUGACCUAAUUUGA